CCACAAUGCAACGAAUUGCACCUAAAAAUUCCAAGGAAGUGGAAAUAUCUGCGAAUAUGUCUCAAAUUUCACCCUAAAGCAAGGUCAAAAUUGAGGGAAGCUCUAGCGACUAACUAAAACCACCAUUUAACAUUACCAUGGCCUUCAAUCCACAAGAAUACAAACCAGAGCCUACAGCGCCACCUUUAUCUCAAGCAGAAGCGCCACCUAGCUAUGAUGACUCCAUUUCAAACCCUGCAGUUGCCGGGGCAGCUGCCGCAGCAAUCCCAGGUGUAUCACCAAUGCAUAACAGCCCAGUACUAUAUCCUGUGUUACCUACAUCUCAGCAGCCAAGAUAUAGAUUGGCUCACAAAGAUUUUCUGCCUAAGCUCCUUAAAAAACAUACAUUCUCAGCUGACGAGUAUGAACCUUUUAGUCUAGUGAUGCAACAUGUCAACAAUUGGCUGAGUGAGAACCCUGUCGUAUCCGUAGUACAAUGUCAAAGUCUCGUAUGGCCUAGCACACUUAAUAAACAAUUUUUCACAGACCAGGCCAUACACAUCAAAAGUCGGAAAAAUGGCAGCAAGACUAAAUGCACCAGAGGUCUAAGGCUCUGGUACUAUGCAGAUUCGCCCCAUAGCAGAACGCCAUCUAUUUGCAUUGGCUACAGAAAUUUCUUGCCCGAGCCAGAUGAAAAACUAAGUCAUCUCGUAGGUAGAGUUAACCGAGGACUGAAUGCAUUCCCUUUAGAAGGCAAUAUAUUGAAUGUUGAGACUGUUCCCUUAAAAACCUCAUCAGCUUACAAACACGAUCCAGCCUUGGCAGAGAGAAGCGUUUGGCUAGAACAACCAGAAGACGGAAAAAGAUAUGCACUGUUUCUAAGGAUAUUUUUCAUCCAUAGCAACCACUAUGAUCGUGAUGCAGAGAUAGUAAUGAAAGAUUUCAUUCCUGUUUAUAACCAAAAAUCCAAACAAAAUGCAGGCUAUGAACUAUUCAAUGAGGUCCUAGAAAGGGCUAGUAGAUGGAUUAGUCACCAUGAUGGGUACAAGUUCAUCAACCUCCAGUCAAUACCUAUGAAAGAUAAAAAUAUUAUGGAGAUGCGAGGGGCUCCCGUAGUCGAAAAAUGCUUCUUCACAGAACACGGUUGCUCAGUAGCUGGGGCCACAAAUGGUGAAGCAACAAUGUACUUCCAGAUCUUGCGUGUUAUAUUUGUAAAACCCAUGCAAGGAGUCACAAAUCCCACACAUUUGUCAGUUAGGACGUUUGUCCCGAUGAGUUUGCCGGAAGUACCAGAUACUUAUGAGGAGCUCACACAGACAGUGGAUAGAGUCAACUCAUGGAUUUCAAGUGCGGGUGCGACAGUGUUUGGUAUGGAGACUGUACCUAUAAGACUGUCCCCUACCCUACCCAUGAGUGCAGCUAUAUCUCUGGGUUCUGAUCUCACAUACACUAUGGUCAAGGCAGAGGAAGCUUGCAAAGGGGUGGAAAAAUGGGCAUUUAUAGUCAGACUUUAUCUUUCUGGGGACUAUGCAGAGCCUGGAAUGGGCACCCCAAUCCCCCAGCGCCAAACAUCUAUGUCAAGCGGUGUAUCAGGACAUGUUGGGUCAUUUGAUAUGGGCUACGCUGGUGCACGCCCACCAAUGAUACACUCUAAUUCAUUCUCAAGCUGACGCUAAGUUAAACAUCAACUCCUGUUUGACCAUUUCAUAGCUGACCAUAUUUGGCAUUGUGAAGCUGAUACAAUAGUAACGCAUUUGCACCUGUGGUAUUAGUGCUGCUGUUAUGUGAAGGUAUUUGACUGACUGGCAUUGGAAAUUAAAAGCUGACAAUGUCUGGUAUUGGUCAGCAACCAAUACACAUCUGAUGUGACAGUAACCUGUUCACAGCUGGCUAAAUCAGAUCACAGCUGUUACAUGUAAACAUGUUUUUGGAACUAACUGAUAUGCAGCUGUACAAUAUUGGAUAUGUGACUGGUUAACAGCUGUAUCAAAAAACAAGAAAAAUCCAUUGAGGCCACAAACCAUUUGAUAAUAUAUAAUCUGGUCUAAACUAAAAGAAAGUGUAUUCUUUCGGAUUACUGUAUAAACUGUAUAGAUAAUGAGGAGGUACUUACUAAGAGAAAUGUGCUUGUUAAAAAGUAGAAUACAGUACUGAUGCAAUUAGAUAAGUUUGCAAUAAGAUGAUAAACAUUACAGAGGAUUGAUUCCUAGUCAGAAUUUAAGAGUGACCUGUUACAUAUGUGAAAAACUAUCUACAUGCUAAAAAUAUAUAUAGUAAAAUGGGUCAUGAAAUGGAGCUGACCAAAAUAAUAAUCUCCAAGGAAUUUGAGCCAUCACAUGAGAGACACCAAAUAUUUGCCUCGAAUGGCAUAAAUCGUAUUGCCCAAUGGAUGUUGAUGUCAGUGAAAUAUCAUAUGAUUGUCCAAGGAAUAUAUCAUGCUGGUCAUGUUUGGAGAGUGGAAUCAGCAAGGAAUAAUGUAAACAGCCAGUUAUGUAUUCAGCAUUUGGCAGGAAAUUGUAUAGAAAUGCAAGAAAAUCAACUUUACAGUGGAAUAAGCAUGGACAGCAAA